UCUCUACACUUUUCCAGCGGAGGUGUAGACACACACACACACCACGGGUUUCUUUUUAUUCCCUGAUGUUGUUUUUUGAUACACAUUUUCUUUUUCCUUUUUUAUUUUUUGUUUUAAAAAUUUUUAUUUGUGGGAAGAAGCUCCUGGUGGUGGGCCAUCAUCUCAGUGGGAGAUCAAUCCCUUUGGAAUUUGAUACUUGUUUGAAUAUAGAAAAACAAAAGGGAAAAUGUUCACACUCGAUGAAAACGAAUGCAACGCUCUUGUUUGAUUAACUCCUUUUUUUUCGGGUGGAAUUAUUGAGGGAUUUACGAGUUGGAUUCCAUCCAAAAGUUGUGGGGUUUUGAUUUCAAAAAAUGAAUUAUUUCUGGGAAAUUUGUUUGUGACGAGGGGGGGGAAUUCCGAAUGGACUUCCGCCCUCGUCGCCAUCUGUCGUUGGAUUUAUUCACCAUGUGGUGAUGACAUCAUCUAUCAGAAGAAUUUUGAUGACAAAGUAAAAUAUUUUUAGGUUGAGCAACAACGAAAGUCUUUUUCCCGUCUGAGGAACUGCCAACAAAUCUGUAAAAAUCGACGACAUCUUACGUUUUUAUUCCAUUUUUCAAUCGCCAUUAUUGACUGUGAUCGCUAUUCAAAAUUACCCACCCUCCCCCGCGCCGUUGAAAUUGGGCACUGUCGUUGGGGAGAGAAGUGAAAAAAGAAAAACAACAAGAUGAGUUUUCUGUUUGGGAGCCGUUCGUCCAAGACGUUCAAACCCAAGAAGAACAUACCUGAAGGAACUCAUCAGUAUGAUUUGAUGAAACAUGCAGCUGCCACACUUGGCUCAGGCAAUCUGAGAUUAGCAGUCAUGCUGCCAGAUGGAGAAGAUCAGAAUGAAUGGGUCGCUGUCAACACUGUUGACUUCUUCAAUCAGAUCAACAUGCUGUACGGCACAAUCACAGAGUUUUGCACAGAAGAAAGCUGCCCCAUCAUGUCUGCUGGCCCAAAGUACGAAUACCACUGGGCAGAUGGUCAAACAGUUAAGAAACCCAUCAAAUGUUCUGCUCCAAAGUACAUUGACUACCUCAUGACCUGGGUGCAGGAUCAGUUGGAUGAUGAAAAUCUAUUUCCAUCCAAAAUCGGUGUUCCAUUCCCCAGAAACUUUUUAUCAAUAGCCAAAACUAUACUGAAGCGCCUUUUCCGUGUCUAUGCUCACAUUUAUCAUCAGCAUUUCCCCGAGGUGGUACAGCUUGGGGAAGAAGCACACCUCAAUACCUCUUUCAAACAUUUCAUCUACUUUGUCCAGGAAUUUAGUUUAAUUGAUAGAAGGGAGCUGGCUCCUCUCCAAGAAUUAAUUGACAAGCUCGCCAACAAAGAAGGAAGAUGAACUAGUUGUCGCGGAUCGUGUUGUUGCAGCCACUUCAUAUCAUUUUUUUAUUCAUGAGGCCUUGAAACUGUCAACUAGAGUCUGCUGUCAAUUCGUUUUACUUUUUCACAAGGAUUUAUACGUAGGAUCUGCCCUUCCAUCAAUGCCACCGUGCAUCUUUAUCACACACACACACACACGAUUGAUAACUCCCCAAAACUUCACCAGAAGGAUCGGUCUAUCUUUACAAAUGUAUCCUAUUAUUGAUCGUCACAAAAUUGUUUAGGGAAAGCGUAUGAUUCGAAAAGAAAAAUUUUAAAAAAGUGCUUUGUCCACAUUGAUGAGUGAGAUCCCCCCCCCCCCCAUAAUCACGUCACAUUUUUUAAAAGAAAUCCUAGCGCGAUGAUUUUCCUUUUUGCUUUCAUGAUGAUGGCGUUUUCCUCCCAUCUCUGAUGAAGUUUCCGAGAUAAAAAAAAAGCCUCUCCCUUGUUAGACUGUCGGUGAAACAAAAAAAAAAAUUAUACUUUAUAUUAUUAUUAUAUAAAUAAUUUUGCGCGCAAGUUGAGAACGGCCACGAAAAUGUUCUUGUUCUUUUUUGUUUGUUUACCUUGUAAGUGUAAAUAAACAAGUCAUGUAAAUACAUAUACAGACAUCGGUA